AUGAACCACCGAGCUCAGGAAGAGUGCCAGAUUAUCCAAGCCAUUGAAAUCGACGUCUCCGAUAAAGAACCGGAAGCCCCUAUCCCAGUCCUCCACCUUGCCCCGCAGCCUACCAUGACGAUCUUCAAGGACCCAGAAAAUCUCGAGAAAAGCAACAGGUGUCGAGCCCCAGUAUGCUAG